AGUCGGUUCGCGGUUGCGCCAACUGGUAGAGGAUGUUGCUAGCAGCCUGGGUAGAUGCACAGCCUUUUUCACAACAAUAACAUCAACCAAAUUUGCAUCUCCACAUACCUGAUCUGAGGAUUAUUCUUUCGGAACGCGACCGUAAACCGUGCAUUGGACCGAAGCACGCCGGAUUUCUUUGUGUGUUUGCUGACUUGAUGUUGUGUUGACAAUGGGAGCGGAGGUUUGCAGGUUUACAGAGCUCCUUUCUGCAGGAGCACAAACAGGAAUCAUGGCUGCACAGCUAGGCCGCAGGAGGAUUCUGUAGCCAUCAGCGGCUGUCCGUUUAGAGAGAAAUUGUAUGUAGGCUUAACGCGAGAAUUUCGGUGUUGGUGCUAAAAAAACUAAAGUCCUAGUCACACCAUUAGAGGCGGGUUUUGUUGUCUUAUUUAGCCCGCGACACAAGCUAACGAGCCCGCUAGCUUCACAACCUUGACUGGCUGACGUCUUCAUAGCCGGCUAACAAGAGCUAGCACCGCUUUACCGGCCAUCCGCUGGGCUAAAACAUUUUCAAAAAGGGACUCUCAUCGAGGGAUUUGCUCUCAUCUUUGUGUGCCGGGUUGGCAUCUGUACCACGGUUAUUUUUUGAACCGUCUGCUGCUGGAUGAAUGUGGGACAAAAUGGAGACCCCGACGAUUGUGUACGAUCUGGAUACCUCUGGGGGCUUAAUGGAGGUGAGGCUGCUCUGCUCUCAGGCCCGUUUAAAGAGAAAUAACCCCUUUUGGAAAACGCUUUCAAGCUCAGGAUUUACACGAAAAGCUCUUUUAUUAUUCGACUUUUAGUCCUCUGCUGAUAAUGGAGGAUGUAGUUAUGAGAAAUGAGUCUCUUUUUCAGUGAUCUGAUCAGCAACAGCGCUCUUUGGCCUCCUGAACGACUCUUUUUGGGACCACUUUUAUGAAUUAGACAAACUCUGCAUGGUUUCAAAAUAUGACUAUCAUGUUUGCAAACGUUAGUAAAUCAGUGUAGUUGAGUUUUUACAAGCUGUUCAAUUUCCAGAACCCCCUGUCUGAUCAAUUAUUACAGUAUCCAUGAAGCAAUUACUCAGAGGAAGACUCAGAUGAAGAGAAGCUGGGCGGAUAACAAUAACUAUAAUAUUAAACUUUAGCCAAAAGCUUAUUCAGAUAAAGAGUUUUUUAAAUAUUUUCUUAACUGAACUUUAUUUUUCCUACUGGGCCAUUAGAUCACUAACUUAGCAAGGAGACAUUUCAACACUCACACUGCCAAAUCAAAACCUCCUUUUAUCUGAGAGCACAAUUCACAUUGUAUGUAAUUCACACAUUGUUUUAGAGGCAUUGCAAAAAUAUAAAUGAAAAAAUAAAUAUAUGUUGAGCUCAUAUUCAUCUUCAUAUACAAUUUCUAAUGUAUAAACCUGCUAAUUGGAAAAGUAAUGGCGCUUAUAUCUUUCAUUAUCAAAUUAAAGCCACAUCACAAAUACAUCAGAGAAAACCAAAUGAUUAUAUGAAAGGCUGAUACCCAGAGUGGAUGUCCAGUAGUGCUGAUAUUCAACAAAUAUGUUGAUCUAUCUCUUAAUUUUAUUCCUAGUUGGGCAAGAUGAUUAUUUAAGUAAAAUAAGUGGUCAUUUUUAUAUAUAUAUUUUUAAGUAUUUGGUUAUUACAUUGAUCAUUACCUUCACAAACAACUGUCCAAUAUGUCUUCAAACAAGUAUACGUACAAGAGUUAAACAAUGGACAAAAGUGAAAGUCAAAACAGAUUUAUCUAUAACUUAAAUUUAUAAUUUAAAAGCAAGUAGCGAUUGAAAGACAUGCUGUCAAAUGCAUUGAAGAAACGAUACCAAAGAUGAAGCAGUAUUAUUUAAAAACACCAAAACUCCAAAUUCUCCAUCUGUAUCAUUAUAUUAACAUAUGACAUACUAUUUUUUCACAGCAAAUCCAAACACUGCUAGCACCCCCCAAGUCAGAGGAGGUGGAGAAGAGGAGUCGGAAGUUAGUGAGAGAUGUUCGAAGGAGUGGCAGGGCCACUAACCAUGACACCUGCGAUAGCUGCCGUGAGGGGGGAGACCUGCUCUGCUGCGACCACUGCCCUGCAGCCUUCCAUCUCCAGUGCUGGUAAGUUACAGUUAUUUAAACAAAGGAGCACUGUGAAAAGGUUUGCACGCAUCAGUGGAUAGUCAGACCGGAGCAAACAAUGGGCUGCAAGUUUUAGUUGCAGUAAGCUGCAUGUAAAAGUUACACGAUGAAUGCAAAAAUCUGCAGGAACCUUGUCUUGCUCUGGGUUGCAGCAGAGGAAGUAACACAUGCAGUAUGCAGAUUAAAAGCCACCCUCUCAGAGACAGCGAUACAAACUUGAUCCUAAAAGUACAGUUCCCUAGUCUUCCAUGUUCAGUCUACAUCAAAACCCGAACACCACUGUCAUCCCUAAUUAAUUUUAGAUUUUUAUCGCAUGUAUGAACAGCUCUGAACCUAGCUGAGAGGAGAUUUGUCUAGCUCUUAUGUUUACAGAGUAAAUAAGCUCAUCAGAACACCUAAAGAAACCCCAAAAAAUUGUAUACUGUGAUGGUUUAUUAAAUAGAAACCAAAUGCCCAAAAGUACUUAAGUUUUCUACUUUCUCACCAUCUGCAGAUGUUAUUUCUGAAUGUGCUAAAAAGAUGCUGAAAGAUAUUUUUGCUUUAAUUUAGUGAAGCACAGAAGUAUUUGGAACAUUUUACAAAAGUAUUCUUUGGUUGUCUUGAAGGAAAAUAUGGACUUAUCAUUCUGGUGGUAAUCAUUCACAUAUUUUCCACCAAGGUCAUUUCUAAUGAGGUAGAGAUGAAAAAGUUGUUAGGGCUUAAAAUUAUUUAAUACUCUUGUAUGCAACUGAACCAAGGAGGGCGGUAGUGAGCUUUAUGCCGCUUCAUGAUGUGCAAAGCAGUUUCGCCGAUUUCUUCUGCACGCUUAAUUAAACACAAAAUGUAUAAUUAAACCACAAUUUUAGUCUUUUUUAUUCAACUGGAGGCAUUAGUUGGUUAAAUUCGAGGUUUAUUGAAUGGAAUUCUGAGAAGAGAGUGAUCAGUUAUCCAGAAAGUUGCUCACCGUUAUGAUUCCUUGCUCUGUGGAGAGUGUUUGUGGUUAUAGAUGUUGUUUUUUGUUGCUUUCGGAUCAUCGUUAAAUGAUGGCGUCGUGAUAUUCUUUAUUGUUUCGAUAAAGUAUAUAAAUGGGGCGUACAAUUUUGCCGCCUGUGCCUGUAGUCAGUCCUCCCCUCCUGCAGCCAGCGGAGCCGCUCACUGCUGCUAAAAAUGGAGUCGAGUCUGCCUCUGUUUACAAUAUGGCGACCUCACUGCUCCCUUUUUCAUUCUACCGCCAUCUUACCAACCUUUAAACUACUGCUUUGGCUAAAAAAGGCGCAUAAAUCUGAAGUCGUAUACAAUGGUAUUGUAGCGGUAUCACAUUAGCGUCUGUUAAUGAUAUAAAGGCUCGUUUAUCGCAGUGUUCCUCCACCACCGCUUUACGUUGCUCCCCGUUAAUGUGUGCAUGAAGGAUUAUUUUAACUUCGACAUUUGGGGGAGUUGAUUUCAGUGUCACUUGGAAACCACGAAACAGAUAGGGGUUAUAUCCAUAUAUGGUCAUGCUUGUGCUGGCUUUAUCUUCACCAUAUACAAUGUAGAGACACAUCUGCUGAGUUAAUGUCUGUAAUUUCACACUAACUUCUUGCUGUGUUUAACAGUGAGUGGGAGAUUUGGUACUGUUCACUAUAACUCAACCGUGACAUUUUCCCUCUUUACACAUUUAUGUCAGUAAAUUUGAACAUCACAUAGGGAAAGCUUUUUUAAUCAUCUUUUGUUGGUGUGAGCAUGUCUUUCUCCAUAUUUUCAAUGGUAACUGGUAAACUGGUAUUUAGAUGACUAGUCUAUGUUAGUGAUGAGUGUGUUUUUGUAGAUUUUACACUGUUGGUGUUUACAUUGUGUAAGUUAUGCUUUUAAUUUGCAAUUAAACCAGACAUUUAGACACGUUUCUUUUAAGUUCUCAGAUGUAUUCUGUAAUAUAAAUAGCAUCAAUCAAUCCACUAGAGGGAGACAUAGAGGAUGUUUUCUUAGUAGCUUUUAAUUUUUAAAUGUAAUCUGCCAAAAAUACUUACAUUGAUGACAAAACUGUAGCCAUAAGAAGCUAAUGUAUAUUUUUACAUUCAUAGUAUGCUUAAAAAAUAUUUGAAUUAGAUCAUAGAUGUCAUUCAUAAUGUCAUUAAGAUAUAUUUCAUACCUGAUCACUCAUGUCAGAAUUUAUCUUUUGAUUUCAGCAACCCUCCUCUUAGUGAAGAAAUGCUCCCACCUGGAGAAUGGAUGUGUCAUCGCUGCAAUGUUAGGAAAAAAGUGAGUGGAAUGUCUUUCCAUGUAUACAGCUACCGCUCCACUUUGUUUGACAAUAGUAUUUGUGUUCUGAAUGAGUCGUCUAAUCUGUCUUUAUUUUGUCUGUCAGAAGCGAGAGCAAAAGCUGGAGCAGACAAAUGGUCUACCAGAGCGGUCCUCAUGUAAGCGCUCUUCGUCUCCAGCUGUAGAGCUGGAGCUCAAUGCUGGCCCGCUACGGCUUGACGGUUUGCCCCCAGGUGCUGGAGCAGCCGGACCAGGACUACGAGUGGCCCAGGUGCGCCUCCUGGACCGCAGGACUAGCAGCAGGCCCAGCAGCCGCCCUGGGACACCCAACUCCAACACUUCGUCCACCCCGACCCCGUCAGAGGAGCAGAAUGACGGGGAAGAGGAGGCAGCUGAGGCUGAUGAUGAAGUUCAAGGUGCAGAGCUGGAAGGUGCUACGCUGUCUGCUCCGAUGCCACGCCUCUUAAAGAGACCUUUUCAGCUGCUUAUAGCAGCUGCCAUGGAGAGAAACCCCACACAGUUUCAGCUGCCCACUGAGCUCACCUGCACCACAGCACUGCCAGGUCAGUGUUCAUAUCAGGGUCAGAAACUUUUACUUUUCAAGAAUGCUUUUUUUGUGAGGAAACUGUGAACAUUAUUACAUGUUUUAAAAAGAAUUUAAAUAAGAGAUAAUUACCAAGCAAUCCUGGGUUUAAGUUAGGGUUUAAGAUUUUUUCCCCCUCCUGACAGGUCAUUUAGCAAUGGCUGCUUCUCAUUUUUAAUCUCUUUUUAUGUCUGAAAUUUCAGGUAGCAGUAAACGGAGAAGAAAAGAGGAGCUGCUAGGGAAGCCAUUCAGGAGGCCUCAGCAUGAGUUGGAUUCUAAUGGUCUGGUUCCUCUACCUGUCAAAGUCUGCUACUCAUGCAACAGGUGAGUAUUGCAACAUUGGGGUACAUGCAAAGAUUUAAGAAAGACCUGAUUUCUCUGACUAAGCCGGGUUCUCUUCAUUUCCUCACACAGGAGUUGCAGGUUGGCUCCACUGAUCCAGUGUGAUUAUUGUCCCCUCCUGUUUCACAUGGACUGUCUAGACCCUCCACUCACAGCUCUACCUGCCGGCAAAUGGAUGUGUCCGAACCACGUUGAGCAUUUAGUGGUAAGGAGCAAGCUCUUAUUUCUAGUAGUUAAUUUCAGCCUGUUCAAUAUGAUGACUAUUAAAAUGUUUGCUUUGAAUUCCAGUUGAAUCAGAGGAGCCUGAGUUUGUCCAGCCGCUGUCAGCUCUUCGAUCAGUUCCAGGACCGGAUGUCCCAGCAUGCUGUCAAGCUGGACUUCCUGCGAAGAGUUCACCGACAAAACGCACCAAACCGACGGACUACCCGCCAGCACAGCAAGAAGAGCAUAAAGGUGGGCCUGAGAUGACCACCAUUUGUAUUUUAGAGAAUAACUGGUGUUAAGUUUUCCCAGUGUUUGAUGGUUACUUUAUCUACAAGAUGUCAAAGAGUUUUUUUUUUUUUCAUGUGUUUUUUUUUGCCUAUGUGAUCCAAAGAUAUUACUUUAACUGUCAGGAUAAGAAAAAGAAGUCAUACAUAGACAAUUUGAACAUUUUUAAACUUGGCCGUGCUUUUAUCCUUGCAUAGUUUGAGUUUACUUUUCUGAUAACCACUCUUUGGUCUCAGGUGCCGGAUUCCAUAAAGUCUCAGUACCAAAACCCUCCACCAUUGUUGCUUCCUGCACGAAUGCGCCAACUUGAGCUGGUUUGUAGCGGCGUCCCUGACCAUCAGUCCUCGAAACACCUGACCACAGAGGCUGAGCAAAAGGAGGUGAGCAGGCCAAUUUAAUUUAAACAUUAGAAAACAGCUGACAGGGUUGGGUUUAAAGCAGUUAAUGAUAGUUACUUAUGAAGCAAAGAAGUGUAUUAUUGACUCACAGUCUAACCUGUACCUGGUGUAAAAAGUCACAACAAUUGAGGACAGAAAUGUUUGAAAUGUUGUUUUUUUUAUUUGAUAAUGAAAUAAAAUUCAUUGACGGUCCCUUUCUCUGUUGUGAAACUGAACAGUGGCUUAAGGAUGUCAUCGCCCUGCAGUGCAGCAUCAUGAGACAUCUAUCCACCAAGCAGAAAGCAUCGUCCACCCUGCCAUCUGAGUGGAGCUCUGAACAGAAAUCUAAAUCUUGUGUAACGUUAGAAGAUGUAAAAUCGAAAGCCUCUAUAGGCAGGACUUCCUCCCCUGAGCCCUGUUCUAAACCCUGCAGUACACCUGAUGACACCCUAUCAGAGCUGGCUGUUUGUAAAUGCAGCACAACGUUUUGUCAGAACUGCAGGAAACCUAACGGACCUCUGACAGAGGAGCACCAGCCUCCCAAAGCUAACGGACCUGUAGACUGUAACUGCUCCUCAGACUCCUGCAGACAGGGGGAGCUGCACAGACUCAAGCCCAGCACCACACCCUCAGACUCUUCUCCUGCCUCUGGGCUGCCGAACCACAUACGAGCAGAAACGGUUAAAAAGGAGCCGGAGAGCACGACGGAGACCUGCGCUCAGAAAAUCAGCCCCACUGCCCCCACGAUAUGGCCCCACGGAGGCCAGCGGAACCACAGGAGUCAGAUGGAGCUGCAGGAGGAGAGCAGGGAGGAGAAACCCUCCAUCACCAGCAGUGCCCUCUCAGAAAUGCCACCUAGAGGCAGCACAGAGCAAGACAAGAACAAGCUGGGGGCAGCAUCGCUCACUCCAGGUACGACUAUCUUGGAGGUAGAGAAAAAAGAACUUUUAAGAAAAACUGUCAAAAAAUACCAUAAGAUAAGAAGAACUUUAAUGAUACUCAAAGGGAAAUUCAAUAAGUCAGUAAUACAGAUAAUUUGGUAAUGAGAAGCCUUAAAAGGUGUAUUACUGAUUUUAAUGUGUUGAUAGUCAAUGCUAAAUGUGGAUAAAGUUUCAACGUGUGAGGUGUACAUGUGUUGAUGUAAUCCCAGAAUUAGACAGAUUGAUGGACCUCUUCUGAGUAAAACAGCAACCCUGUUCAAUGUUGGGAAUUGUUUUUUUCUCUUUCCAAAUGUUCCAGGUCUGAUUUGGGGUCUAAAUCAAAAGGCCAUGUUUCAUUAUUUGCCAUCUUGAACACAUAAACAUAACUUUGUAGCAUUGCAACAGUGGAGGAGACUUCUAGAGUGCUGGGGAAAAAUAGAAGAGAUAGUGGUUGAGAGGACGGACAUCUUUCAAAAGCGGCUGAAGUGAGGGUUUUAAAAGAAAGUCAUGUGAAGUCAUUAUAAAGCUCUUAGAAGGACAAUGUAAGGCCUAGAGGAUAAACAAAAUACAUCUCUGAUAACGUUGUAUUUCCCUCAGCUGUUAAUGUGCUAUUUAUUCCAAUGAAAUGCUGCAAAACUGGAUUUAAGACUGGAAACAGGUUUUGUUUUUAUUCAGGGGGCUCCUCAGAACUCAAAAAAUAAGGUCUGAAGAGGCAUAAUAGGUCAUUGGUCUAGGCUGCAGAAUUAAGUUAAGAUCAUCAUCGUCAUUUAAGUAGUUAAGUUGACUAAACAAUCAUUCAUAAAAAAUCUGUAAUUGCAAAUAACUGCUCUGAGGAAAGUCUGCAGUUACUCUUCCAGCUUGGUAGUUGAGUGACAUCUCUGUUGUACUCUGUACUUCGCUGUCACCUGACCCACUGGCUCCCUCUAGUGUUUGCAGGGUGUUUUGUGCACAAAUGUUAUUUAAAAAAAAGCCUUUGAAUUACUUUAAAAUGUGUAAUGUUUACAUUUAGUCCUAGGUUUAAACACAGUCUUAUGAAGCAAUUAUUUUACUCCCAUCUUGUGGCGUUGUUUCUCUUUUAACAGAUAUAAGGACCAGUACUGGCUCUGGACUGAUGGACUCUCUGCUGCCCAGUGCUCUGUCCUCCAUCACCAACCUAUCCACUUGCAUGAAGGAGGGGAAGGAUGAGGGUGGAGGUACAUGUGGAUGCUGCAUAUUGAACAUUUCAGAUUCUUAAAAGGAUGUUCAUGUUAUUUACACUUGCUGUUGGUCCUUUGUGUGUUUAGGAAUUGAGCUGGAAAAACUAGAUGCAGAGAUGAUCAAACUUCUGGCCUGGCAGAGGAUUCAGCAACUCUUUCCCCCUAAAGUAUCCCCCAGUACUCCCACUCCUCCUCCAGCCCUGAACUCUGCCGUCAAAUCUCCGUUGUCCAGCCUCGAUAGUAAGACACUCACUCACCUAAAUUCUGCUGUUUGGUCUGUGCUCCUGUCCUGACAUUAUUUCUAAAUCCUUCCCUUCACUUCCUCUCAGGUCAGAAGAAGGUGCAGGCCCGAGCCGUCUUUUACCCUCUUACAGGAAAAGGAGGGGCAGUCAGCAUGUGUUACAGGACGUUAUACAUAGGAUCUGGUAAGACAUACUCCAGUUAAGAACCGUUUUUUUUAAUUAUUAUUCAUAUAUAGCAGAGCUUUUUAUAAAACCUUCAAAUAUGACAUGGCACAGGCUGAAAUGUGUUUGAGGCACUCUGUUUCAUGUUUCUCAGUCUUGUAUUGUCACUUUCUUAUCACAGUAGAUUUAUCUUGUGACUGCCUGCACAUUUUUGUCUCUCCUUAGUUUCACAUACUCAUUAGGAAGAUUCAGUAUUUCACAUUAGGAGUGGAGAGUUACAGAAGUUUAGAAACAAGCACUUGUUUGCAGAAUGAUGCACUUUCGACCCUGCAGAUGGUUGUACCUCUGAGCUGGAAUGAAGACAGGGUUUGAUGUAUCUUCAUAUAUCUUUUUUAUGUUGGAUAGGUGCUGACAUGGAUGUGUGCCUUACAAACUACGGUCACUGCAACUACAUAUCGGGGAAACAUGCCUGUAUUUUCUAUGAUGAGGUAUGAACUCUUUACUGUCUUACAGUUUCCCAUGUGAUUGUACUAUUGUUGUUUUACACCUGGUGUUAAAAGUGUGUUUAUGUCCUCAGAACACCAAGCAUUACGAGCUGCUGAACUACAGCGAGCACGGCACCACAGUCGACAACGUCCUCUACUCGUGUGACUUCUCUGAGAAAGCAUCACUGUCUCCACCUAGUGGUCUCGUGGCCAAAGUGCAAGGCAUCAUCCGUGAGUUCAUCUCAUUUUCCCAUAAAGGGGCGUGGACAAAGUUUGAAGCAUCACACACUUGAUUUUACUGCACAGAUUUGUUAAGAACUUAUACUUUUGUACUUUAAAGAAAACUCAUCCCUUUCAAAUAUGUCUGUUUCUUCCUGCUUCUGUAUUUUUCUACAAUACUUGUGCAUGUUAAAGCUUUAUAAUGUAAUGCUAACAUAGAGUUUCAAACAUGUGAGGGAGCUUGGUAUGAAUUUGACCAAAAAUGAUUCACACUUUACGUAACUCAGACUGUGCUGGAGAGGGAGAGAGGUGGGAAGGACGUAAUGGAGUUCUGCUCCAUAGUUCACACACUGGGUUUUAACCUGGUUGUGGUAAAGCAUGAAUGUGUUACAGUAAAACUGAGUGGUUAACAAAACCUCAGCAGAAGGGUGUAAGAGGUACAGAAGUGUAAACUUAUGGGUGUUUUCAUUGUUAGACAUACAACAAUGACAUUCACCAGGAUAACGCUGUCCUAUGCUGUCAGGACCUGAGGGCAGAAUGACAGCUAGGCCGAGAUGGCUGCGUCUGUCUGUAAUAUGCAGGAUAACUGUUCAUUCUUUUGUUGUUCCUGAACUGAAAGGGCGAUGCCUGAUGCCCCUGUGUUCUCCCUUCAGGUCGCAGUAAGAAGCGUGAGGAUGACGAGGGUCCCAGCUCUGCAGUGGGCUUGCUACCUGCCGGCGGGGUGAUGAGCAGCCAGCCUCAAGGCGGCGUUGAGCCGUCGUGCAGCUGCAAGGCGAGCAGCUCCAGCCUGAUUGGAGGCAGCGGGGCAGGCUGGGAGGGCACCGCCCUGCUCCACCACGGCAGCUACAUCAAACUCGGCUGCCUCCAGUUCGUCUUCAGCAUCACAGAGUUCGCCACAAAGCAGCCCAAAGAGGAGCAGAGCACAACCCCUGCUGCCAGUUGCAUUAGCGCCUCGAAUACCAACAGCACCACCAGCAGCAGCAGCAGCAGCACUACCAGCACCGCCCCCUCCUCCACCCCUACACCACCACCACCUCCUCCUCCACCCAGUACUGCCACAGUGAGCGGCCCCUCCAGCCAGGAGGAGCCAAACACUAUGACCCCUCCGCCCCACCAAGUGCCCGUUCUGCAUGCUAAUUCUGUUCCAUAACCCGCACAGGAAGUCCCGCCCUCCCUCCUUUUGUUUUGCACCUAUGGAGUCUCAAUGAAGGGAAAGCUGCACAGCUGGUUGGUCAACAGGGAAAAGUUUAUUUUUUUCAUUUUUAAUGGUUUAUAUCUUUGCAUGAACUUGAAGUAUUAUUGACAAUCUCUUCUGUUUUUGAACGACUGACAGUAACCUUCUGUUCACUUCAGAGCGAGCGAACAUUAUUUACCUGCGCUCACCUUUUCUUUGCCAGUUUAUAGUUAUGUAUGGUGUAAUGUUAUUUUGUCAGUCAGCCCAUUUAGCACAAACCUUUUGCUUUGUAGUAAUGGAUUCCAUACAUUCUCAUUUCUUUUGCUGCUUUUGCACCACAGGUAGCUAUAUAUGUAUGAAAACAUACAUGCUUAUACACUAUGAUAUGUAUAUAUAUAAUGUAAAUAUAUAUAAUUCAGUGUCUCUCAAUUGGAGAAACAUUGGAUUUCAUGUAGAUUUACCAUUUUUUGGUUUUUAACUGUACAGUUCAUGGAAUUUGUGAUACCGUGUAGAGUACCAGAAGUUUUGUGAUAAACGCAUUCUUAGUCUGUACUUUCCGCUCUCGUCCAUCUGUAAAUACCGCCUAGUUUUAGCACUCAUUUUAACAUCCUGUGCUGCUCUGUAUAUAAGCACUCUUUGUCUGUAUUGCUUGUCUGUUCAAACAUGUAAAUACAGAAAGAUUUUUUAAGAACAAACUCAACUUCU